GGUUAAUCCGGCUUCUGUUCGGUUGGUGAAAUUUCAAAUCUCUAGCCGUGUUGUUGGUGUGCUUCAAAAUGCCUUCAUUUACAAACGGCGGAGAUUGCGAAGCGGAAACAUUUUUGUUCACCUCUGAGUCUGUAGGUGAAGGACAUCCAGACAAAUUGUGUGAUCAGAUUAGUGAUGCCAUACUAGAUGAGUUCCUGCGUCAGGAUCCCGAGGCCAAAGUAGCCUGCGAAUCUUUUGUUAAAAGCGGUCUCAUUCUUGUUGGGGGUGAGAUCUCAUCGAACGCUGUGGUUGACAUACAGAAGACUGUGCGUAAUGUUGUAAAACAAAUUGGCUACGAUGAUACUCAGAAGGGCUUAGAUUAUAAAACUUGCAACGUCUUAACAGUAAUUGAGCAGCAAAGUGCAGAUAUUGCAAAGGGUGUACAUGAAGGAAGAAGGAUUGAAGAUAUUGGCGCAGGAGACCAGGGUUUAAUGUUCGGUUAUGCAACUGAUGAAACUGAAGAAUGUAUGCCUUUAACAGUUACACUAUCACAUGCUUUAAAUAAGCGCCUAGCCACAUGUAGACGUAAUGGAGUGCUUCCAUGGGCUGGUCCUGAUUCAAAAACUCAAGUGACUGUAGAGUAUUUAAAUGAUCAUGGAGCUUGUCGACCUUUACGAGUGCAUACAGUGGUUAUUUCUACUCAACAUGAUGAUUGUGUCACAUUGGAAAAAGUUCGAGCUGAUUUAAUGGAAUAUGUUAUUAAAGAAGAGAUUCCUGCAAAUCUUUUAGAUGAAAAAACGAAAUAUCAUUUAAAUCCAGCUGGACGAUUUGUAAUUGGUGGUCCUCAGAGUGAUGCUGGUUUAACUGGUAGAAAAAUCAUUGUAGAUACAUAUGGAGGUUGGGGUGCACAUGGUGGUGGAGCAUUUUCUGGGAAAGAUUAUUCUAAAGUUGAUCGAUCCGCAGCGUAUGCAGCACGUUGGGUAGCUAAAUCCCUUGUUAAAGCUGGUCUUUGUCGACGUGUUCUAGUUCAG